AUGGACGGGGGCGCGGCGCCAAGCGAAUUUGCGCGCGGCGCCAAUGACGCGAUCCGGGAGCCCCCUGCAGGCCGCCCGGCUCUGAACCCGCGGCCACCCCGGCCGUGGUCGGUGAAAGCGGGCAGCCAGCGUGAUGCGGCCGGUGGGUUUGCGGACGCGGCAAUCGAGAGGAGGAUGCGGGUCAUGGAGGUGGCGCUCCAGGCGGGCGGCAGGCUCGCGGGCGAGUCGAUCGAGAGGAGGGUCCGUGCCCUGGAGGACACGCUCCGGGCAGGCGGCGGGCUCGCCGGCGCGGCGGUGGAGGAGAGGCUCCGCGCCGUGGAGGAGGCCGUGGCAGUGCUGGCCGACGCGGCGCUCGAGAAGCGAAUCAGCGCCGUGGAGGAUGCGAUUCGACAGGAGCGCAGGGAAAGGAAGGCGGUGAAGUCUUUCGGCCAGGUCGAGGAGUCUGAGGAGCUCGAGGUGCCCGUGCUGGAUCGGCGUGGGUGCCCUGGACCCCCCGGCAGCAGUAAUGACAGAAGGUCAGUGACUCCACUCAUGCUCGAUUGUGGGGACAUGUACACCAUUAGCGAGUCAGUUUGGGACUCGAUGCUCUUCUGCGGGCACAGCUCGAUUGGUCUCACGAACUCGGUGAUGAUGUUCUCAAUCUGGUUUCUUAACCUGAUUUUGCAGUUCAUGUUCAUUGUGAUCAUCGUUUAUCUGAUGACGCAGUCUGUCAGCCUGGACGCAGAUGUACUUGAUGGCCUGCUCAAGUUUAGGCUCGGUUUGGCGCACAGAGCCGAGUAUGCAGACAAGGUGACGCAACGAUCGAUGGCCCAACAGAUCUGCGAUGGAGAUUCUAAGCUGCACCUGGCUGGUGAGCAGACGGGUCUUUACACCGACCUCAUGGAGUACGUUGGUGGAGGCGUCGUAGCUCAGUGCCUCGUUGUAUUCAUUCAGAUCCUGUGGCUCUGCACAAUACUGAAGGAUGUCGAUAUUACAUACAGCAUAUUCAGAGCAGUGUGCCAGUGCAGGAUGGGGAGCCAGACGAAGCUCGUGGUUGGUGACGUGGAUGACCACGAAGACGACAGUCCUCCCACUCUCGUUCGCGCAGGAGCUCGUGACAUUGGUGUCGGUGAAGAUGAUUCUGGCCACCUGUUCGACUUCAUGAAAGUCGUGCGCAUGGUCACCGUGUGGCCUGGCCGCGUGGCAUUCUUUUUCUUCAGCGUGUGCCUCCCGAAAUUGCUGGUGGCCGGCCUUUUGUGGUGGUUCGGGGCCAAGUGGUUAGCCAACACGGUGAACUUCUCCGAGCUGAUCUUGAACGGCGUGGCGCUCGCCUUCGUCCUCGAAUUCGACGAGGUGCUGUACUCGGUCCUCAUGCCUCGGCGAACCAAGACGCUGAUCUGCAACUUGAAGCCCCUGCCAAUGCCACCGCGCAAACCAGGCUCCAGGCUGUCUGGAGUGAGCACCGCUUUCACCAUCGCCCUUGUCAUGACCAUAAUCUCGAGUUUUUACAUGUUCGUGGUCUUGCCGAUCAAUUGGCAAAUCCUCCAGGGCGAGAAAAUCGUGUGCUCGGGCGACCUGAAUUUCGUCUACACCGAGAACCCCGCCACUAAAAUGGUGCACGUCGCGAAGACGAUGGGGGAGAAUGUAUACACCGACACCGAGGAGAUUAUCGCGCAGGUGUCGCAGGUUGAACUCCAGGAAAACGACGGGUGGGAGGGCAGGGUGAGCCAGAGCAUAUUCGACGCCUCUAGAUCGACGUUUGCCCGGGCCGUCGACGAGUCGACGUUCGGCCUGAUCGUCGAUAUGAGCGUGUGGAGCCUUUCGGACGCGGCCAGCACGCUACCAUGCCGCGAUCUGGGCUCUGGCCAGAGCACCGAGGCAUCGGUGCAGACGCUGAGGGUGCUCAGGGGCGACCCCAACAUCAGCAGCUGCGACGACAUCCCACGAGACCUCUGCGCCGCCCAGGAAAGCACGUGGCUUCGCGCCAUAUGCCCGAGGCACUGCCGCUGCGAGGAGCCGCUCCUGAGUAACGUUCGGCUUCUUCGGAACGGCCAGCUUCGGGCGCCCCAGCCAGUGCGAGACAUUCAAGGCGGCGACAAGCGAGAUAGCUUUCAGAUAUGCGCUGAGCACUCUGGAGAGUGCCAGUCGGCGCUUGCAAGCUCCGGAAUCGCUGGGCGCAGCGCUGGAUUUCUCAAUUCUAAAUCGGGGGUUGAGCGCAGCCCAGGACUCAAACGCAACCCAGAACGCAAGCUCAGACCAGCUGACUACCUCCUCUUUGUUCCAAGGGUGCUCGGACUUCGCAAGCGCGGAGUUCUCCUUCGCAGGCGGGUGCGCUGA